AUGGAAGACCGUCCUCUUACUUCACUUUCGCAUAUAUUCUCCGUCCUUCUCCUCUGCCACUUUCUACCCUCUCUACUCUCUGCUCCUUUACCCUACGGCCGACAGUCCCACGGAACACCGCAUCUCCGCUUCCAAGACGAGGCUUCAUCUGAAACCCCGCUGGAGGCCACAAGUCAAGUGCCCUUUCAGGUAAGUCUGAUUUGGCUUUGAUGUCUUUCUUUUCUGCUUGUUCUUGCUUGCUUACCUUUUUCUGUUUGCUUGUGUUUGUCCUUGUAAGCUAAAUAUCGUUCUGCUGAAUUUAUCUGCUAAGCGUUUACAUUUCAGCAACCAGUUAGCCUAGAGAGGGACAGAAAAGUUCUGUUUCCCAUUUCUCUACCCUUCUCCCAUCCUCCUCCUCCUCCUCCUCCUCCUCCUCCUCCUCCUCCUCCCCCUCCUCCUCCUGGAAUCACGUCCUCUGCGCGCUAGCCGUGAUUCGCAGACGCAAAACACACGAUCGAGCCAAUCAAACAGGAAAAAAUACUCUCUCUCUCUAUCCCCUACCCAUCCUCCCCAUCGCCCGGCCGCACAGUCUGUUAGGGUAAGUCAGCUCACUCUGGCAGUCUUGGAUUUUACUUCCCUUUUAGACAAUCCGAGGAGCAACCGACUGAAAUGGAGAAUGGCACUAAGGACUUGGGAACUGGCGCGCUACAAGGUGGACAUCGCCGCAUUCAGCGAGACUCGAUUUUCCGAAUAAGGCCAACUGGAGGAGGUGGGUGCCGGCUACACCUUCUUCUGGAGCAGUCACCCCAGGACAGAGCGACAGGACGCGGGCGUCGUCUUUGCCGCCCGUAACGGCAUCGUGGGACGACUGCCCUUACGAGAACCGAUGGUUUCAACUGGGGCACACAGUCCAGUUGACGGCCCUGACUGUCCUCGCUCGCGCACAUCGCCAACACCAGGAUUGGUUCGACAAUAAUGACGCCGCCAUCAGCAAUUUGCUCGCCGAGAAGAACCGACUGCACAAAGCCCACAUCAGUCGUCCCACUGACGACAACAAAACACCCUUCUACCUUGCGCAACAGCGGCUGCAAGAGCUUCAGGACGCUUGGACGGCUCGCAAGGCCGAUGAGAUCCAAGGUUGCGCAGAUCGCAACGAAUGA